AUGCGACCCAUCGGCGUUACCCCCACGAUCGCUGAAAAACUCUUGGUCACGGUAUAUAGCAACAUAAAGAUCGCGGGUCCGGCAAAAUUCAAAGUAGGCGAUUCGGUACGUGUGAGCAAAUAUAAAACCGUCUUCGAGAAAGGUUACACGCCAAAUUGGACCACCGAGGUGUUUAAAAUCGCUAAAGUGCAGCAUACUCAUCCUGUAACCUAUCUACUGGAUGACUAUCGCGAAAAAUCUAUCUCUGGAGCGUUCUAUGAACAUAAGUUACAUCGCGCGGCUUAUUCGAACGUGUAUCUCGUGGAGAAAGUAUUGCGCAGGAGAAGUGACGAGGUUUACGUAAAAUGGUUGGGAUUCGAUGCAUCGCACAAUUCUUGGAUACACAAGAAUAAUAUAAUUUAA